AUGCCUACCAGUAUUCUUGAUAUGCCCGACGACGACAUCCUCAAUCUACAACUUGUCAACAAGCGCAUGCACUCUAUCAGUCGUCUCUACUUGUCAAAAAGAGUCAACGACGUGUCUCUCCAAGGUCUUCAGGAGCUAUACUCUCUGAGUUUUGGUCCUUGCGCCCACCACAUCACCACCCUCAUCCUUCGCAUGGAGCACCGAGUCAUGCCGAAGGCCAAGUACCUCACUCUCAUAUACGCUACUUUCCGCAACUUUGCAAACUUUGGAAAGCUUGCAUCCAUUGGAGUCCGCCGCCAUCGUGAAGUCACUCACUAUCAGAGCUUGGCCGUGACUCGAAAGUCGCACAGCGUAAUGGUCGAUUUCCUGGUCACUCGCCUGUUGCGUUCUGCCUCCCGAGCGAAGUUGAACAUCCGCACGGUGGUCUACGAUUUCGCCAUGUCUGGAAGCCAAGUGCGCGAUUAA